GAGAACCUGUAGCAAGUGUAGCAAAAAAACAAAAAUCUGCUUUGCUAAAUCAAAAAAUCUGCGUUAAUUAAUUUUUUUAAUGAGUGCAAUGGAGCUCUAUCAAGCGUUAAAAGCAAACAACCAUUCUUUAAUUGAUCAGAUUAAGUUAAGUAACACUGCCAAAUUAAACAAGCGCUCCCAGAAAAACUCUGAUGGUGGAGCCGAUGGUUUUAUGGAUGUUGCAGCAAGUAAUAGUUUGGCUAGAUUGUAUGCUGAUAAACUUAUAAACGAAGAAACAUGUUCAAUGGUGCCUGUCAGAACUCCUCAAGAUGGCAAUUGUUUAUUUUCUGCUGUCUCCAUUGCUUUAAUCGGAAACAAUAUGCUAGCAACAACUCUUAGGAAGCUUUGUGAAAAAUCGAGUUAUACAAGAAUGCAAAUUUUUUUGCUGUGCAUCCUGUUUUUCGUCUGGGGCAUUUAAGUGGUGUUUUUCGAUCAGAAAGAUCCGCUUUCUUGUUAGGAAUAUCCAAUAUUGCAUGUACUGCAUUUGAAGCUAAAAAGUCUAAAGUUGAUGCUAUUUUGACUGAAGCAUUAAAUAUUUCUCAAUCUGGUGUUUGGUCAUCUUUAGUUUGUGUGAUGUCAAUCUCAAAUGUUUUAAAAGUAUAUUCUCAUUUGUAUAAAAUUAACAUUUAAACUGAUUUGAAUUUUAUUGUUUUAUUUAU